GCCAGCCGCCCUCGAUGACGAAGCUCAAUUCGGGCCCAACCUGAAGGCGAUCAUGAACAAGCCGUGGGCCGACGUGAGCAAGGCAGAGCAGGACAGCGUGAUUCGGCAGAUGGGCCAGAGAAGGGCGCGUGAGUUGUUGGCCGACAGCUGGCGCCCGCGCCCUUCCCACUUCAGCGACGAGACGGCUCUGGAGAAGCUGCUUCAGGGGCACUCGCCGUAUCGGGCGGCGGGUUGUCCGACAAGGGUCGCGUCCCUCAAUAUCGACCUCGUGGGUCUGCUAGGCUCAGUUCAGGAGUGCCCAUUAAUGACUGACAUGGCGCCCCUGGGGGUCAUCGGAUUCCUGGGGGCCUAUCAGGAGCGCACGCUGGCGCCAUCCGCCGACGUGUACGAGACCGCCCCCUACUUCGAUCCUGUGCUGAGGUUCAAUCAGAGGGGGUAUCAUCGUCUGCUCCGCCGUCUAGCGGAGAUCGGCAUUAUAUCUUGGACGUCCACCCCGAAGAGCCAGGCGGGCCUCUUCACGGUGGAGACGGACGGCGGCACGGCCCAGCGCCUCAUCGCCGACGCCAGGCGGGCCAACGAGUGCUUCAAGGCGCCGCCAGGCGUGUCUCUGCUGGGAUCGGAGGGGCUCUCUCGCGCGGAGGUGGAGCUGCCCGCCGACGCGCCGCUGGGUUCCGAGCGGACUGUCGAGCUGCUGAGCGACUUCUACUUGGCGGUCGGGCUCUCCGACGUCUCGAACUCGGCGGGCGCGGAGGUGCACGGCCGCCGGCUCGGCCGCUCGGAGGCAGCAACCCCGCGCCGGGCCGUCCUGCCCAUGGGCUCCGCGUGGAGUUUGUGGAUCGCGCAGAUGAUCGACGAGGACCGCGCGCCGCCGCUGGUGGCGAGGCCCUGGCUGGCGGAGGAGGCCGACGAGAUCGGCUACUACGCGCGCGUGGACAACCUCGGCGCGAUCGGGGUCUGCGAGAAGGCUGUCGGCCGGGCGCUCGAGCAGCUGGAGGGGGGCUUCAAUCGUGAGGGCCUGCUGCUGCAUGAGUCCGAGCUCUCGCGGGCGGGCAUCGCGGCCUUGGGCGCAGAGCUAGACGGCGCCGCCUUGAGGGCGCGGGUCGCGCCUAAGCGCAUCUGGAACGUCUACGCGGCGCUGGAUGCACUACUGAGGCGCAAGCGGGCCAGCGCUUGGUCCGUGCAGGUGGUCCUCGGCCCCUGCGCCUUUGCUGCCUUGUGCUGCCGAAGGUUGCUCGGCGUCUUCCACUCGGCGCGCGCGUUCGUGGAGCGCGGGCGCGCUUCGGGCCGGGCUAAGCCGCUGCGGGGCGAGUGCCGAGAGGAGCUGCGUGUUUUCAGGCCCCUCAUGAUCUUCAUGGCCGACAGCGGCCUUGAGGGCUGCGCCGUGGCGCAGGCCUCCUGGCCCCUGGAUGCCCCGAGGGAGGUGGGCCGCACCUCCGAGCGCAAGCGCUUUCGGCGAAGUGCCCUCGAAACCGCGGGCUUCAGGUGGCAGGCGGACGGGGGCUGGUCAGUCGCCACGGGGGCAGAUGAGCGGGGCUGCGACGAGCCGCCCUCGGAGACGGCGCGAGACUGGGAAGUCGUCCGGUCUUUCCCCGAGGUGCCCGCCAGUCUCUUGAAGUCAGAUUUUUGGCGGUUGGUGAAUGCGCAGAAAUGGAAGAGAAUUCGCGCUUUCCAGGCCCACUGUUUGGCCAGGAAUGUCCUUGGUGCCGUUCGUUGGAUCCCCUCCGAGCUUAACUUCGCGGACAAGGGUAUUCGAGUUUUUGAGAAUAGCAGUGCUAGUAAGACGUUGGACGUCCAGCUGGCCUUGCGCGAUCGUCUGGGCUGCAGUCGCCAGGAGCUCGGCCCCCCCGAGACCGACGAGCAGCUGAGCCGCGCGCCGGCGCUGGCCGACGUCGGCGUGAGCAGCGGCACCGACGGCGAGGCGAGGCCCGGGCCCAGCGCCGCGCGGCGGGCAGUGCUGAGGCGCGCGGGCCACCAGAGGCGACGCAAAUUCCUGGGCCUCGCCCUCGCGACCCCCGCCCUGGGAGCGAGUACCUUCCUCGAGCAGAGCUCGGUGACUCCGAAGAUGCUGGGGCGCCGCCAUGCCGAGGUCGGCGGCUUCAUCGACUUCGCGCGCGGGCGGUCGCUGGGGUGCGAACAAGGGCGAGCAGGUCCUGGCUGGCUCGAUGUGCCUGGCGCCGGAUAUCUCGCGGGCUGGCGGCCGCCUGCCCCCCCGGGCCCUUCGCUGCCUGAAGGGAUGGCGGCGCCGGGCGCCGGGUCGCAGUCGGCGGAGGUGACCGCUGGCCCUGCGCGCUGGCAUAGCUCGGCGGCUGGUGGAGCGGGGAUCCACGCGGAGCGGAGCAAGACAGUUCUCAGCGAUGUCAGCAUAGUGUUGGACUCCCCAUGCCUGCAGUUUCUAGGACCGAUCCUGAGAGCGUUCGUCGAUGGGCCGCGGGGGGGGUCGGUCUGGACGUUCACGUACCCGCAGCGCCCGAUGGAGUUCAAAGCUGCGCUGGCCGAGCUCGAGAUCGGCGAGACCAUCGUGCCGUAUCAGACGAGGCUGGGAGCGAGCUGGGAACUGCUGUCAGCUCCCGCGCGGGGGCUGCUCGAGGCCUGCGUAGCAGUGCUCGAGGGUAUGCUCCUGGGCAGGCCGCGCGGCGUGACGCUCGCCUGGCGGGCCACUUCAGGGGUCGGUACGUCCUCGACGUCUAUUCGGGCACCGCGGGGGUUGCUCGAGCGGCGGCCCAGCAGGGCUGCAAAGCUCGCGCAUUCGAUCGCGCACGCGGACCAGCAGAGGACCUGA